CCUGUCCUCGAUGGCACUGACUCUCCUGGAACGGAGCCAGCGUUGUCAGUAACAGCCAGUUCCAGUGUUUAUAAAUACAUCGAGUGGAUAGACCUAAUGCCAUCACGUUUUCUGUAAAGAGAGGGAAUGUUUAAAUGGGUCACCGGCUGAGGGAGGGAGUGCAUUAAAACCAGUGGAGAGUUCGAGUGAAAAACUAUGGUGAAACUGAGAAAGAGAGAGGAGAAAAUAUGAGUUACGUUUCUACCGUUCACAUCCGACUGCAGAAACCCGCCCAGCAACCGGACAACAGGCGGGAGGCAGCAGGCAAGGCGAUGUCGCCAGCUAAGCUUGGGACUGGAACUCCGAGACGGGAUACUGAAUAUGUCUGUGCAGAGUGUCCUGUGUUCUCACAGCCCCUGACAGAUGUCACUGUGGAUGAAAGCAACACCUUCACACUUCAGGGGAAAGUUGCUGGAACACCUCCAAUCACCAUCUCCUGGCUUCUAAAUGGUAAAACAGCAAAGUUUGGCAGAGCUUCUUUCAGUAAUGGAGUCGCACAGUGGGUGGUUGAGGACUGUUUGCCAGAAGAUGCCGGAAUAUAUGAAUGUGUUGCAGAAAAUGUUGCAGGAAGAACAUCAAGCCGUGCUGCAAUAACAGUCCGAGACUUUGAAACACUUCAACGACUAAAACAAAUGAGAAACACUAACUGUAACAGUGGAAUUGAAAGUAAACAUCAUGGUACUGGAUCCAAGGUUGAAAUGGCCCAAUUUUCAACCAAUUUUUUGAGUCCCCAAGAAGAGAAGCAGAGUGCAAAGAACAGAAGCCUUCUUAAAGGCUCAUCCCCUUCGAAGAAGAAGCUGUCUUCUAAACCAGUGGAGCCUCCUCAGUUAGUGGAUCCCCAGACACACAUGGAGGUAAAGGCAGGACAACAGGCAGAGCUGUACAUUGGGAUUAUAGGAACUCCGCCCAUUGCUGCUACAUGGCUUAAACAGAAAGACCAGAUCUUGAAUAGUUCUCGAACUUCUGUGGACACAACAGACACUGAGACCAAACUGGUGAUAAAGAACGUGCAAAUGGAUGACACAGGCCAUUACACACUAGUGGUGAAGGACAGAAAUGGGAGUGUGCAGCAUCAGAUCAGUCUGGCUGUUGUAGACAGGCCGGAGCCUCCAGCUGGAAGACCUUAUAUCUCUGAGUUGUGUAGGGACUCCCUCUCCCUGUCCUGGUCUGGUCCAUGUUAUGAUGGUGGGAGCGCUAUCAAGUCCUACAUCAUUGAGAUAAAGCAAUCUGGAGAUUCGGAGUGGAAAACAUUGACGGAUUCAUGCAGUAGCACCUCUUAUCAUGUGAACUGUCUAAAGCCAGAUGGAGAGUACAGCUUCCGCAUAUAUGCAGUGAACUCUUAUGGCAUUAGUGAAGCUGGUGAUGAAUCCAAACCUGUUAAGCUAAACGAUGUAGAAGAGAAAGACGACGAGAAUGAGGAGCCAGAGUACUGUGUGACAAUAAAUACAUCUCAGAAAUUGACAGAUCUAUACAUACAGCAAGAGUGUCUUGGCGUAGGGACAUUCGGUAAAGUUUACAAACUGUUGCAAAAAUCCACCGGAAAAGUUCGAGCAGGCAAGUUUUACAAAGCCCGAACAAUUCAAGAUAAGAAGAGUGCGCGCCAUGAGAUUGAGAUCAUGAAUUGUCUGCACCACCCAAAGCUGGUUCAAUGCUUAGAUGCUUUUGAAAGUCGGACUGAGAUCGUCAUGGUGAUGGAAUAUAUUUCUGGAGGCGAGCUCUUUGAGCGCAUUGUGGAUGAGGAUUUCGAGCUAACGGAGCCGACUUGUGUCUUAUAUGUCCGCCAAAUCCUGGAAGGGCUGCAGUUCAUGCACCAACAGAGCAUUGUGCACUUGGACCUGAAGCCAGAGAACGUUGUGUGUGUCAACAAGAAUGGCACACUUAUUAAAAUCAUUGACUUUGGAUUGGCCCGGAAGCUGGACUGUAAUGGAUCAUUGAAAGUCAUGUUUGGAACACCAGAGUUUGUUGCCCCGGAAGUUAUCAAUUAUGACCCAAUAGGGUUCACCACAGAUACUUGGAGCAUUGCAGUUAUCUGUUAUAUCCUGCUGAGUGGAUUGUCUCCAUUCCAAGGGGAUAGUGACACUGAGACCCUGGCUAAUGUCACCGCUGUUUCUUGGGAGUUUGACGAGGAGGCAUUUGCCGAGAUCUCUGAAAACGCAAAACAUUUCAUCAGCUGUUUGUUACUCAAGGACAUGAGGAAACGAUUAACCUGUGUGGACUGCCUCAAACAUCCAUGGCUACAGAGCACAGACAAGGGAGGUGCCAAGAUGCUGUCAAAGGAGAGAAUGAAACGUUUUCUCGCCAAGCAGAAAUGGAGGAAAGCAGGGAAGGCACUUCUUGCUCUCAAGAGACUAGCGUUGCCAUUAAACAAACAGGACAAUGUAGAAUCUGCACCCACGUCUCAGGAUAAAAAUGCCCUGAGUUCAACCGAGCAACAGCAAGUGCUCUCUUCCCUGGAUGAGCAAAUUCAGAGGAAGCCAUUUUUCAGCCAAGCUUUGGAGGACUUGGAAGAAGUGGAAGGCAGUGCCUCGUGUCUUCAGUGUCACAUUGAAGGUUACCCUGACCCUGAAGUGAUUUGGUAUAAAAAUGAGGAUCCACUCACUGAGUCUUCACACUUCCAAAUCAACUAUCAAGAGGAUGGGAGCUGCUCGCUAAUUAUUACUAAUCUCACUCAAGAGGACUCUGGGCAUUAUACGUGUAAGGCGGUGAAUGCAUUGGGAGAGCAGACUUGUUCGGCCACACUGAUUGUUUACCCACUGGAUUUGAUCCAACGCAGUUAGAAACAUGGCACUCAAGCUAACAGGUGAUCUGUAUGUUUACUACCUGGAACCCGGCCCUCAGUCCUCAAUGGCAAUAGAGACAUCAAGCAAAUUCAUUGAGGAACUUUGAUCUACAGAUGACGGAGAAAAGCAGCCAAAUUCAAUUGAUUGGUAUUGCUGUUGGAAGAGAGACCCCCUGAAAGUCACUGGGAAGACUGAUCAAUGCUGGUUGUUCUGCACACACACACUGUAGAGUAGAACGUACCAUGAAGAAGAUUUUCAGAGUAUUGAAGGUUGCCCCCCCCUCCGGGUUUUGAGUUCUUAAUCCUUUCUGAAUUCACAGUCACUGUAAUGAAGGCUGACUAUAAAGGAUUCUGUCAUCUCGAACACAGCCCGUUUACAGUGAACAAAGAGUUCUGUUAUUUUAGAGACAAUGAACCAUUUCUGUUGCCUUGUUUCUUGGGGGUAAUUGACCAAUUGCAGUUGUUAUAUCAGAUUUGAUUUGCAGGAAAAAGCAGUUUGAUUAAACGUUUGGAGUCACACUCCCAGCCGUUAAGCCCCAAAAUGUGAAAACUAACGUUGAGUGAGAUAGCAUAACUGAGGACAAAUGUUUCUGUGAUCCAAUUUGUAGCUGAAUAUCACGGAGGGCAGGAAUCUCUUUCUGAAAAUGUCUUAAGAAUAGGAUUAGUCAUUUACAAUUGGAAAUUUUAUUGUUUUCUUUAUAAAUUUGAUGUAAUUUUAUCGAGUGGAUUAAACGAGGCGUGAGUUCCGAUGAACAUUGUUCCUGUUCUUGGCCAAAGUGAGCUGAGAGGCAAUGUUCAGAUACUGAGCCAAGACCCACCAAGAGGGAGUAUUGCCUGAUGGUCCCUUGUUGGUGUUUGCCUUUAGCAGAUAUUCUGAGCUCCCACUCUCUAGGCUACAGACUCUAGAGUACAUUUCAGCUAUAUGAAGAAAAGGAGAUAAUAUUCCAAUGAAAUGUCACCCAAGAACUGUGAAAAAAAGUGCUGGAACUUUCAGUCCACAGUGAUAUUAUCACCACCACCUCAACCAUGUAUAGUGGUAAAUCUUGUGGCCUGGCUGGGCUCUCUGUCACUUUCUGCACCGGCACAAACAUAGAUGGUGAGCAACCAAUCCGUUUCUGAACAAUUAGAAUUUUAGCCCUAAAUCUUCCAUCAUCGAAACCAGCAACAUUUAAAAAAACUGGAGACUUUGUAAGUACAAUACACUAGAGCAUACUUCAGGGCAAAGAUCAGCAACAGGUAACACUUCAAAACUGAAGUAAGACAAUUACCCUUUCUUUAUCCCUCACUUUAAACAACCUUGUUAAAUUAGAGAACAUGUAUAAUUGUUGGGACUCUAUCCUGUCUCUGAAUCUUGGUGCCACCUGUACAAUGCAACCACCCAGUUUCACUCUUUCAUUAUUUAAAUCCAGUUCUCUUGCAUUGGAUCACUGUUUGUGUAAGCCUGUUCAUGUCCUUCUCCCCUCCCUAACCGCCACCACCCCCCGCAAAAAAAAUUUGCAUUACUUCUGUAAUUAUGCUUAUUGAAGUGUGACACAUUUCUGGUAAUAAAAGCCGUGCUUUUUAAUUUAACUAAAUCACUUAUUAAUACUGAAUUGACUAAAAUUGUGAACUUCAAUCCUUACUUUAAUCUUGUAAAUGUUAAAUUGAGUUUAAGUAGUAUAUCACAAUGAAGAGUUUCCCACAUGUUAAUUAAGAAAUCAUGUUUUCAACAUGUAAAAACUUGUAACAACCUUAUUAUUAUAGACUUUUUCAGAAAAUGUAAGUAUGACAGCACCUCUUGGGCACUAAGGUCCUGGAUUUUUGGUAUAAUCAACAUUGUAUGGCUGGUUCCCUUAUUAACAUCUGAGCAUUAUAAAAUGGAUUUUGUAUAAUGUACCCUUUAGACUUAGCGUGAAAGCUGUGUUAAGCCUUAUAAUGUGAUUGUUAAAACUUACUGUGCCCGACUAAUAGAGACCGGCGACUCUGCUUUUGGUGGUCUCUGGGAUAUAGGCAACCUGCUUAUUAAUAAUCCAAUAUACACCCUCAUCAUAUGAAAGUACCGGAGUAUUGGAAUGUUGGAAUAUCAAAUUUUAACAGAUCUAUAUAUUGUUGAAAAUCUUCUGUAGAGUACACACUUUUUUACCCACGUGCUUUGCUUGGUUGCUUUGCACUUUUGUUUAUAAUUUUGUAUUGACAUUCGAAAAUGCUAUGUGAGCAUUUCCUAUCUGCUUCUAUUACGUCAACUGUCACAGUGUAAUUGUAGGGCCUAGGCACAAGGUGACUCGGUAGAGCAACAUAUAAAGAAUGUUAUAUAUAUAUAAUAUACAUAGUAUAUAUAUAUAAAAUGUAUAUGUAUGAUAAAACAAGUAACUGUGGCCAACAUUACAAUCAACUUGUGUGUUUUGUUUUUAUUCAGUAUUCAUUGCAAUGAUGGCUCUUUGGAAUAAGGGAAUUCAAGAGAUUUAAUUGACUUUCUUCACCUGUACAUGCAUUAGGUCGUACUAAGUGAUAGUCACAAUCUAGGUCUAGUUCUGAUAAAGAACAUUGAUACACUUGAUGUAAUAAUCGAAUCACAUUAGGUUUUGAGGUGCAGGGUAACGCUGCAAUGUGAUCAUUUUACUCUGGGAGAGGCUAGAAGGAAGGAAUCCAAAUAGGUUGCAAGCUAUCUGUAAACCCUUGGUUAAACCUCACAUCGUAUAUGAUUGAGCUUCUCUAUCUUCUUGAGCGUGCUCAGGUAGACAUCACAAAUUCCUUCUGAUUAAAACCAUCCAUUUCCUGUUUAAAUCUGGGAAGCAUCAUAAGAGCCAAGGAUUAGUCUCACCAUUCAAGGAAUCUGAAAAGAUAAUGGAUGAUUUGGCUGAAUACAUGGUUUGGACAUGAAUCCUGUGAUGUAUAGUAGUUUUAUAUAGAAGAUGUCCAAUCUAUGUUUUUAUCUGGUAGAUUGUGAUAUCUGAUCAUUCAGUUCUGUGUAUUACAUAUGUGAAUUUUAAUCCUAUUUCCCAAUUAAACAUUACAUUUUUAAAAA